AUCACAAGCAACGAUGAUGGGCUGCAAGUACCUUCUGCUGCUCUUGGCUCUCGCUGUCGUGCCGCUCUCGUCUGCUCGCUCUCGCCUGCUGCCCGGCCUCGGCCUGUCGUCUGUGUUUGGUGGCGGUGGAGCCGCUGCACCGCCGGCGGGCAUUGCACCAGAGGAGGAAGUCGCACCUGAAGGUCAGUCACACACAAACAGAACCAACACACUCCUAGCUGUCUCCCGUGCAUCUGUGGCUGCAUCUGUCUCUGUGUGUGUGUGUGUGUGUGUGUCAGAGGAGGCUGGUCCACUGACGUCUCUCGACUCGCUCAUCGACGACCUGCACAAGGAAAGUGUGCGGCUCGAUCAGGAGAUAGCGGGUUUGAAGGUCCAGGGCGCGACGCUGCCCGAGGAGCGAGCACUGAAGACGCCCCUGCCUGACGUCAAAUCCACACUCGAAGCAGACAAGAGAGCCCCGCCCGCUGUCAUCGUCGUCGGUCCGUCCACUCACACACAGCCAGCCAUACACAGACAGACAGACAGAUGAGAGACACAACCUCCCUCCCCGAUCCACUCAUGCAUCAGAGCCCGAGGGUCCCUCAGCAGAGGAGCGGCUGGCAGCCCUCAAGAAGCGAGACUGCGAAUACGAACGAGACCUCAUCAAACUGCAGCAGGAAGGUCAGACAGGCAGAGAGACACGCAAAGGAGACACACACUCGUGCCGAUGCAUAUGUGUGCGUGUCUCUGUGUGUGUGUGUUUAGAGGAGAUGUUGCAUCCGUCGGCAGCACACACACACACACACAGAGGAGGGAGGGACACCCCCCCAUGUCUGUCUGUCUGUCUGUCUGUCUGUCUGUGUCUCUCAUCAGAGGCAGCACGCCAGCGACCAGCGAGAGCACCAGCGAUCUGAUGAGAGACGAGGAAAGAGUCCUGGACGCGAUGAUUUUGGUCGUCGGCCGGAACCUCAAGAGGCUCUUCGACGAGAGAGACAGACGCCUGCAUGCCUCCCCGACAGCAGCAGCCCGUCUGGCCCGGGCGCCGUGCGUCGGGUAAGUCACAAGGACAGCUGAGAGGGGAGGAGGGACGGCUGUGUGUGUAUGUCUAUCUCCAUACAUUUGUGUGCAGUGGUGGUGCUCUGUCUCGUUUGGGCGGCGCGUCGAGUCUCUCUCUAUGUCUAUCUCCAUACAUUUGUGUGCAGUGGUGGUGCUCUGUCUCGUUUGGGCGGCGCGUCGAGUCUCUCGGCUAUCGAAGACGACAUCACACGGCUGCAGACACAACUGGCAGACCUGCAAAGGGUGAGUUCGUGGACACGGUGACCACACACACAACCUGCUACCCAUUCGCUGUCUGUGUGUCUCUGUCUAUGUGUCUGAGUCAGCGACGAGCGGCUCUCGGCUGAGUCAUGUUGGAAGAGACACCGACAGACACAGACACAGACACAGACACAGACGUGUUGAUGGACAGACGCGCGAUGCAUUUCAACUGAAGUGAUAUGUGAACGCUUACCACUUGCCCUUUUGUGUUAUAGACAGAUAGAUAGACAGAUAGACAGAUAGAUAGAUGGAUAGAUCCACGUUCUUUCUGUCGACGUUUCUCUUCGACAUGCAGCUCGAUCACACCCCCAGAAUCUCUCACACGCUGAGGGUUCAUAUGUCUGCGCGUGUCUUUUUGGUCGGGUGUGGCUGGGAGGGAG